AUGCUGUUCGACUUGGGCGAGGACGAACUGCAGACGCUGCUGGACAUGUUCAAGUACAUUUUGCUCGGUACAAACGUGCUUCUGUUCUUCACUGCAGCACUAGUAUUUUUCACCUCUUCAGCCAAUCAGAACUCGACGUCCUCGUCGACGCCAGCGCAGUUUAAACAAGCGCUGAUUGUAACGGCGCAUCCGGACGAUGAGAGCAUGUUCUUCCUGCCUCUGGUAUACUCUCUGCAGCAGCAACAAGAAGGCUCCAACGAGGUCUGGAAGACACACUUGUUGUGUCUUUCUCGAGGCAAUUUUGACGGUCUGGGGGACGUCAGAGUGAAGGAAUUAAAGGCGUGUGCCACAUACAUCGGACUGUCGACAGAUCAUGUCAAAGUGCUGGAAGAUCCUAAGCUCCAAGACGGAAUGAAGAACCAAUGGGAUGUGGAACAUAUUGCCGCUAUAGUGACGGAUUAUAUAGUGAAGAACCAGAUCGAUGCGGUGCGUCUUUACCUUCGAUGA